AUGCACCUGAAUUUCCAAUCUAGUGCAUCAACAGAGACAGAGGCUACUAAGCCAAAGCCAUGCUGUGUUUGCAAGCCAGAAAAGGAAGCUAGAGACGAAUGUCUUCUAUUUAAUGGCCAAGAAUCCGGUAAGUGCGAUGAGUUGAUCGCUAAGUAUAAGACCUGUAUGAAGGGAUAUGGCUUUGAAGUUUGA